AUGUCCCAUAACCCUAUAUUAUCGUCGCCACAAGACAACCAGGUGACUCGAUUAGCCUGACGUUUGAGUGAAUGUAACUAAUUGUGAUUUUUAAUGGUGAUGCUUUAUUUGAAUUUUCCUGAUGAAAAAUAACAUUUGAAAGGUUAAUUGUCGUGUAUCGAAAAACGAAACAUAUCGCAAAGAAGACUGGUUUCGAUUUCAAAAUUCUGACGGUGGAUUAUCAACCAUAACUUGGGAAAAUCGCUGCUUUUCAAUUUCUGCAACUAACAAUAACAUGCAAGCUACUAGUAGCUCUUCGUGGCACAAUGGGAAUUCUUCGUUAAAUGGUGUCAGUGAUGAUCUGCAUAAUGCUGCUUGUUUGUCCAUUUCAAAUUCUAAUGGACAGAUUAAUGGAGGAACAUCUGAAAUAUCCUCAAAUAUACGAACACAAACUGAUAAGGAUGUCAUUCGAUUGAUUGGCCAGUACCUUCGAAGCCUCGGACUUAACCUUACAACUGAACGGUUAAUUGAAGAAUCAGGAAGUUGUCUCGACCAUCCACUAACAGAAAAGUUUCAGACUCAUGUGAUGAAUGGGGAAUGGUUAAAGGCUGAAUCUGACCUUGAGGAAUUAAAGUCUUUGCUAGAAGAAGAUGUACCUCAUGCUAUUUCAGAAAUGAAAUUUCUUCUUCUUGAACAAAAGUAUCUAGAGCAUUUAGAAAAUGGCCAUGUACUAGAAGCAUUGCAGUGUCUGCGAGGUGAAAUUACUCCAUUAAAACACAACACUAACCGUGUCCACGAGCUUAGCAGCUACAUGAUGUGCAGUACAGGUGAAGAGUUGCGAGGAAUGUCUCGAUGGGAUGGGAAAGGUUUGAUCUCUAGACAGAAGCUCAUGGAAAAACUGCAAGCUUUUUUCCCUCCGGUUGUGAUGUUACCUCCCAGGAGGCUACAGACACUACUUUCACAAGCUCUUGAGCUGCAAACAGAUCGCUGCCUCUAUCACAAUGCAAGUUCAACCAACAGUUUGGAGAACGAAACACUGUUUGUUGAUCAUUUAUGUACGAAAGAACAGCUUCCAUAUGACACAGUCCAAGUUCUUAAUGAUCAUUCUGAAGAAGUCUGGUUUUGCAGAUUCUCAAAUGAUGGCCAGAAACUAGCUACAGGUUCUAAAGACAGCACAGUUAUUAUUUGGGAUGUUGAUCCUGAGACAUUACAGUUGAGACACAGUAGAACCUUGGAAGGCCACUGUUACGGACUUUCCUACCUUUCUUGGAGUCCCGAUGAUAUCUAUCUAAUAGCCUGUGGUCGAGACAAUUGCCCAGACUUGUGGGUGUGGCACGUUGAGACUGGUAACCUUCGAGUCAAGAUGACCAACUCUCCAGAGGACUCUCUUACAACAUGUGCUUGGCAUAAAGAUGGCAAGAAAUUUGUUACUGGAGGAACAAAGGGGCAGUUUUUUCAAUGUGUAAGGUG